AUGGCGUCUUUUCUUCCUCAAUCAGAGGGCUACCUCCCCCUGUACAUUUUGUUCGUGGGCGUCACGGCGAUUGGAAAUGCCAUCCAAUGCUACAACACCCUCUCCUACACGCGACGUCUCUAUCCGGGCCAACCUUCAGCGACGACUCAAUCCAAGGACAAAACAUCUCCGGGAGGGAGCUCUCCGGCCACGCCUCUCUCCUCCAGGACAUUUGGGACUUGGACAGCAGCAGUCGGGAUCGUCAGAAUAUUUGCCGCAUAUCACAUCAACGAGGCGUCGUGGUUUCAGAUGCAGAUGUUGACCAACGUCGUGGGGCUGGUGCACUUCAGCCUGGAGGCGUUCGUGUACAAGACAUGCUCGCCGUCAGGACCGUGGCUCGCGCCUGUCACUGUUGCCCUGAUUGGUUUGGUGUGGAGCACGUUGCAAUAUGGCUUCUAUGUCAGAUAA